AUGACCGCCAUGGUUGCUUCACACCAGGUUGAUCUUUGGCGACGACGCAGCCAGUUCCAUAUGCCGAACAUGAACCUCACCGGUCUAAUGUCCUCUUACGACACAUCACGCGCCAUCACAGACCCACCAGAGUCGCGGGCUUACCACCAAACAACUUCUACCUUGGAUAUGGGCAUGUCUCUUUUCUCAACACAUGGCGUAGCCUCGUCGGUGCCUUAUCAGCCCGGAGCGUUCGCUUUCGACUCGAUUCCUGUCAAUCCUUACAGCGUUCAACAGGCUUAUUCCAUAGGCUUUAUCUCAAACGUCCCCCAGACCAUUUCAUACACUCGAACUGGUCACCUCCAACAAAUGCCGGCCACGCAAGAGACAAAUAGCAGCUUUUGUGCUGACAGACAUGUAUCGAAAUCCGCAGUGGUCUCGCCUCUCCAAUCUAGUCUAACGUAUCACGCAUCCUCGUAUGGUACAGAGCAUGAGCGGUCACACUCUGAGCCAACCGAAGGCAGCGGUAUCAACUUUGGCACCGAUGUUGACACUUUAAUGAAAGCGAUCCAAGCUAAGCAAUCGGAUAAUCCACAGCCAGCACAGACCAGAAAGGAAGAGGAGAGCAAAACUGGUCAGAAGCCGAGAAAGAGGUAUCAGUGUACCAUGCCGGGCUGUGACAAGAGCUUCUAUCAAAAGACUCACCUAGAGAUUCAUGUUCGUGCGCACACCGGUGCCAAACCAUUUGUAUGCAAAGCACCUUCAUGCGGCCAGCGCUUCUCACAACUCGGUAACCUCAAGACACAUGAGAGGCGACAUACAGGAGAGCGUCCUUAUAGUUGCGACAUCUGCGGCAAGACCUUCGCGCAACGCGGUAACGUACGUGCGCACAAAAUCGUCCACCAGCAGGUCAAGCCAUUUACCUGCAAGCUUGAUGAUUGUGAGAAGCAGUUCACACAAUUGGGCAACUUGAAGUCGCACCAGAACAAGUUCCACGCCGCGACAUUGAGAUUCCUCACACAGAAAUUCGGCAACAUCGGCCCAGAGGACUGGGUCUCCCAAGAGGACCAGCACCUCUGGGAGUACUUUGCCUCGCUAUACAAGAACUCCAACAAGGGAAUCAAGGGUCGCGGCAAAGACAGGCGAAUAUCGACUCUGUCGACUCCUAGUUCUUUGCACUCAAAAUAUGCUCCAUCGCACUUGGACUCGAUGAAUGGGAGAUACCCUGGAUUUAUACCGCGUGGCAGUGAUCGUAGCAGCCGCGGCUCAUCGUUGUCUUCGGAUGCUACGUGCGGAACUCACCCUGGAUCAGACAGCAGCUACGACUACAACAGUCCCGUGCACACUGGAUAUCCACCACAAAGCAGCAACUAUAACGACAUGUUGUUCCCAGAGCGGAAAAUGUGCUGA